AUGGGAAGCAAAACAGAUUUGCCAUGCACAUAUUGCAUGCACAAUAAAAAGCGGUGGGUAGACGGGACUCUUACAGUAAACAACUGUAGAAUAGUUCUAUUCGAUAAUAAAAGUAAAGAAAUAGACUCAAGAAGAAUUAAAGGGGUUGAAUUGGGCACUGACUCCAUUCGCAUGGACUAUCACGAAGUGUUAUGUGAUGGCAUAGAUAGAAUAUUACAAGAAAUAAUAGAUAAUGAUGAUUUAGUUGGCACUAAUAAUAACACCCGAAAUAUUCCAGAUACAACUAUGCAAGGCGCAGUUAUACCAGAUACAACUAUACCAGAGCAUAAAUUAUGUAGUAAAGUAUUGAAAAUAGUAGAAGAUCUCACUGUAAAGAAACAUGCAGAGGAAAAGAAAUAUAAAAUAGACGAAAAUAUUAAAAUAGAAUCUAAAACAACUAAUAAUAACAUAGAAGACCAGAAUAGUUCUAUAAAAUCUAGAACUGAUUUAUUAGAUAUGUUUAUGUAAUUAUACAGUAUACUCCGA